AGCCCCCGGGGGGCGUGGCCGGCAGGGUGAGGGCGCUCGGCGGAGCUGAGGGGCCUCCGGUUCUCGCCGCGCUCCGGGCGAGCGGUCCCAGCGCCCGGCUCCGGGCAGCGGCCGCCGCCCUCCCCGUGCCCCUCCGCGGGCGUCCUGCCCUGCCCCGCCCCGCCCCGCCCCGCCUCGCCUCGCCCUGCCCCGCCCCCGCCAUGUUUCCGUGGCUGGUGCCCCCGUGAGAGGCGAGCGGCGUUGCCGGCGGCCAUGCAGGUCCUGGCAGGCUGGGCCGUGCUGGUGGCACUGGGCGAGUGGCUGUGGGCCGGGGGCGAGGUGCCGCUGGGGGACUUCUACCCCUUCGGGCCGGCCCAGGGCGACGCCGCCACGCGGAAGCAGGACGACGGUGGCUCCGAGCUCCGGCCCCUCUCCAUCCCCUUCCCCUUCUUUGGUGCGGGGCACACCGGCCUCUAUGUAAACAACAAUGGGAUCAUCUCAUUCCUGAAGGAGGUCUCCCAGUUCACACCGGUGGCCUUCCCCAUCUCCAAGGACCGACGUGUGGUUGCUGCUUUCUGGGCAGAUGUGGAUAAUCGGCGGGCAGGCGAAAUAUAUUACCGAGAGAGCACCGAACAGCCCAUCUUGGAGAGAGCCAGCAGGGACAUUGCCCAGUAUUUCCCUGAGUUCCCAGGGUUUUCUGCACAGUGGGUCUUCAUUGCAACCUGGUACCGAGUCACCUUCUUCGGGGGCAGCUCAUUUUCACCAGUAAACACUUUCCAGAUUGUCCUCAUCACGGAUGGCAAGCUUUCCUUCACCAUCUUUAACUAUGAGUCCAUCACCUGGACCACGGGUAUGCACGCCAGCAGUGGGGGGGACUUUGCUGGGCUCGGUGGCAUCGCGGCACAGGCAGGUUUUAACGCUGGUGAUGGAAAGCGCUACUUCAACAUCCCCGGAUCCCGCACUGAUGACAUCGCUGACGUGGAGAUGACGACAAAUGUGGGUAUCCCCGGGCGCUGGGUGUUCAGAAUCGAUGAUGCCCAGGUGCAAGUGGGGGGCUGCAGCAAUACAACCUCUGUGUGUCUGACACUGCGGCCCUGCCUGAAUGGGGGGAAGUGUAUUGAGGACUGCAUCACGGGGAACCCCUCCUACACCUGCUCCUGCCUGGCCGGUUUUACUGGGAAGAGGUGCCAUGUUGAUGUGGAUGAGUGCCUCUCCCAGCCCUGUCAGAACGGAGCCACCUGCCUCAACGGUGCGGGCAAGUUCACCUGCAGGUGCCUGCCAGGCUUCAGAGGCAACAACUGCGAGACUGCAGAAUCACCAUGUGAGAACAGAAUGUGCCAGAACGGUGGGAGUUGCCGAGUGGUGAACAGGACAGCAGCAUGCUUGUGCCAGUCAGGGUACACAGGGGUGGACUGCCAAACAGAGGUGAACGAAUGUGAGUCCAGCCCAUGCCUGAACGGCGGGCACUGCAUUGACCUGGUCGAUAACUACACCUGUGUGUGCCUGGAGCCCUUUGUGGGACAGCGCUGCGAGACAGAUUCAUCUUCCUGCGAGGACCGGAGUUGCCAGAACCGGCAGACGUGCAACUACAUCCGCCCUGGCCGCUAUAUCUGCACCUGCUCCCCGGGUUAUUACGGCAACAACUGCCAGUAUGGUGGGCCCCGCAUGCCCGGCGCCUGCCUCUCCCACCCGUGCCAGAACGCAGGCAACUGUCUGGAGACAGAGCAGGGCUACGUCUGUGAGUGCCAGGAGGGCUACACUGGACAGGACUGCCGAGACCAGCUCUCUGAGGGCUGUGAGUGCCGUAAUGGGGGCAGUUGUCUGGAGGGGAAUGUCACCGUCUGCCAGUGCCUUCCUGGGUUUUUUGGUCUCCUCUGUGAAUUUGAAGUCACCACGACACCGUGCAACAUGAACACGCAGUGCCCGGACGGUGGGUACUGCAUGGAGUACGGCGGGAGCUACCUCUGCGUCUGCCACACCAACUACGGCACCAACCACACGAUGCCAUCCCCCUGCGACUCAGAGCCCUGCUUGAAUGGGGGCUCCUGCAAGGUUCAUGAUGACUCGUACAUCUGCGAGUGUCCUGAAGACUUCCUUGGCGUGCACUGCGAGAAAGCCAAGCCUCGGCUCUGCAGCACGGGGCCCUGCCGCAAUGGGGGCACCUGCAGGGAGGCGGAUGGCGAGUACCACUGCACCUGCCCCUACCGCUUCACCGGCAAGCACUGCGAGAUCGGUAAGCCGGACCCCUGCGCAUCGGGGCCCUGCCAGAAUGGAGGCACCUGUUUCCACUACAUCGGCAAGUACAAGUGUGACUGUCCCCCUGGCUACACCGGCCGGCACUGCGAGAUGGUGCCCUCCCCUUGCUUUCUUAGCCCCUGCCAGAAUGGGGCUACCUGCGAGGACCUUGGUGGGGGCUAUGCUUGCACCUGCUCCGUGGGCUAUGUAGGGAAGCACUGCCAGUUUGAGGUCGACUGUGGCAUCCCCAGUGAGGUGAAGCACGCCCAAGCUUCUUUCAACUCCACCAAGGUGGGCGCACUGGCUGAAUACCAGUGUGAGCUGGGCUACAUCCUCAGCCAGCACAACCACCCCCGUGUGUGCCAUGUGCCAGGUGUCUGGAGCGACCCCCCCGAAUGCGAUGAGAUCGACGAGUGCCAGUCGCAGCCCUGCCUGAAUGGUGGCCAGUGCAAGGAUCGUGUCUCUGCCUUCCUGUGCUUGUGUGAGCCAGGUUACACCGGCUACCACUGCGAGCUGGAUGUCGACGAGUGCCAGUCAGAGCCCUGCAAGAACAGUGGGACCUGCCAAGACCUCCCCGGGUCCUUUGCUUGCGACUGUCCUGAGGGCUUCCUGGGGACCCAGUGCGAGACAGAAGUGGAUGCCUGUGAGUCAGACCCUUGCCAAAAUGGAGGGGAGUGUGAGAGCUACGGGGGCUCCUACCUCUGUGUGUGCCCAGAGGGUUUCUUCGGCUACCACUGCGAGACAGCCAGUGACCCGUGCUUCUCCAGCCCCUGUGGGAGCAGAGGCUACUGCCUGCCCAGCAAUGGCACCCACAGCUGCACCUGCAAAGUCAGCUACACAGGCAAGAACUGCGAAAAAGAAUUGCUGCCACCAACCUCAUUAAAGGUGGAAAGGGUGGAGGACACUGGUGUGUUGAUUUCUUGGCACCCACCUGAGGACGCAGCUGCCAGGCAACUCAUUGACGGCUACGCCGUGACGUACGUAUCCCUCGACGGCUCUUACCGCAGGACAGAUUUUGUGGACCGAAGUCGUUCUGCCCACCAAUUGCGGGCACUAACCUCCGGCAGAGCCUACAAUAUUUCUGUCUUUUCAGUCAAACGCAACGUGAACAACAAGAAUGAUAUCAGCAGGCCCGUCAUGCUCACCACGCGCACUAGACCGCGUCCGGUGGAAGGCUUUGAGAUCAGCAAUGUCACUGCCAGUGCCAUCACGGUGCAAUGGGCUCUCCACAGACUCCAGCACUCCACUGUCAGUAGGGUGAGGGUCUCCAUCCGCCACACGGGGGACCUGGCAGGCCGCACCGUGGAGCUGAACAGCAGCGUGGCCAAGUACACCUUCCUGGACCUGCAGCCAGGAGAGAGAUAUAUCAUCCAUGUCACAACGCUGAGCGGCCUGGGAGUGGAAGACCACCCCUCAGAGAGCCUGGCCACAGCCCCUUUCCAUGUGUGGACAAGGCCUCUCCCCCCACGGAACCUGACCGCGUCCCACGUGGGCGCCACCUCCGUGUCCAUGGCGUGGGAGCAGCCGCCCGCGGGCGCCACGGAGGGCUACAUCAUCAACGUCACCACGGCCCAGAGCGUCAAGAGCCGCUACGUGCCCAACGGGAAGCUCGUGUCCUACACGGUGCGGGACCUGCUGCCCGCGCAGCGCUACCACCUGUCCCUGACCGCUGUGCAGAACACGGAGCAAGGGCAGCUGCACAGUGAGCCCGUCCACCUCCACGUCACCACCCUGCAGAGGGAUGGGGCUCCAGAGAGACGAUGGAGCCAAGCUGGGCACGCCCGGGUUCUGCGGAACAGGCUGCCCCCAGCUUUCCUGCCUGAGCUCCGCCUGCUGGCAGAUCACGACACAGCUGAGGAGCCCUCACCAGCCCCCAGGUUCACGGAGCUGGUGGAUGGCAGAGGGAGGAUCAGCUCCAGGUUUGGGACUGCGCUGGGAAAAUCCGUCACUCUGAAGACACAGCCAGAGGCUCCAGUGAAGCUGGAGAACACAGAGGUGUCCAGCUGGGACAGUCUGGCACUGCAGCUGCAUGAGGCGAAGAGCAAGAGAGAGGGGCAGCACUGCUCCAAGAAUCCCUGCAGGAAUGGAGGCACCUGUACCAGAGAUGACGAGUCCUACCACUGUGCCUGCCGCCCGGGGUUCAAGGGCCGGCUCUGCCAACUGGCUUGCAAGAAGGUGCCACACUCGUGCACGCGGCUGUACUCGGAAACCAGGUCAUUCCCAGUGUGGGAAGGAGGCACCUGCCACUAUCUGUCCAGGAGAGUCUACAAGGUACACCAGGACAUCUGCUACAAGGAGAGCUGUGAGAGCACCAGUUCCGAGAGGACGAGCAGCAGAAAGCCAAGCAACAGUCACACACUGAAGAAGCCAUAGCAGGUUUAAAGCAGUAGAAGCUUCGUCAUUCCACAUCUAAGGGCUUUUUGAACACCAGGAAGAUCAGAUCUGCUCACUGGGUUGAACACAGCAGGGGAGCCUUCCUGCCUGGUGCCAACCUCUCCCUCUCCUCCAGCCCCUUAGGGACACGCAGCUGGAUCAGCACACUGAGUAGUGCUCCCUUUCCCCCGCUGGCCCAGCACUGCCUUUGCUGGCCCCCUCUGCCUCUGAGGAGCUGAGCACCAGUGCCCCUUGAGGGGGCCAGCCCUGCUCAGCUCCCCCAGCCACUCUGCACAAGCGACGGGCUUCCCGCUCCACUCAGGGAUCAGCCCAGCUUCUUGCCAACAGCAUCUGCACCAAUCUGUUUUCAUAAUGCAAGGUUAUAAAUAACCUAUAACCCUCAAAUAAAACAGUGUAUUGCAGACCAAAAAGCCUUGGCCAUCACCUGAAAUCUGGCCCCCAGCAAUGUGCUCUGAGGAGCAGCCUCUGUAGACAAGUUAGAAAUGGUGAUCAGCUCCAAGGGGUGAGGCCAGCAUGGGCAGUAGAGGAGCAUUCCUGUUUCCUCUGCUCUAGCAGGGGCAACUGAGGCAGCUUCUACUGCCUGCCUUUUUUCUUUGCUUUGUAAACAAGCCCUGGUUUUAACCAAAUUUCCAGCUCAGAAACCAAUAGAGCACCUAAAAAGAAUUUUAAAUGUGAUCUGUAGGAUGAAGUCUGUCAGCUGAGGCAUGCCACCACACUUGUAGUUGCCUCCACACCAGUGCAGGGCACAGCAGAGGCUUGGUGAGGAAGCCAGCCCUCCAAGCCAUCCCCUUGCACUGCACCUGGAGUUUGCCUUCCCUGUGGCACCAGUGCUGCAGGGUUACGUGGAGGAGAGGACCAGCACCCAGCACUGCAGCAGGGCAGGCAAGGAAAGAAAAAGUGUAGCUUAGAAACAUUCCUAGUUUUUGUGAGUUUGUAUGAAGACACUAGUUAAACAUAGAUUUGUGUAUUAACGUACACGGUGUAUAUUCUAAAUUAACACAUACCAGAGAUAUAUCGCAGUUAUGGUAUAGAGAUCAUGGCCCCAGCACAGUGGGUUAUUCUGGGGAGGCCCUCCCCUCCUGCCGAGCAUCACGGAGCUCUGUUGCUCAGCCACAUGUCUCAAGCAGCAGCUUGGCAGAUGCUCUCAGAGCAGGACAGGCCCAGCAGUUUCAGUGCUCCUGCCACCACCCUCUUCCUCCUGGGAGCAGUGUAACAGUGCUCAGCCUGGAGGCACAGCUGCAGAGGCUGGGGACAGGGACAGUGUGAAGCCACGACCAGCUGGCCAGCGUGCUGCUCCCCUCCUGCACCACCUCUAGCUUUGCUCCCACAGGCCAGACAUGCCUUGGCUGCCUGGUGCUGUUCCAGCUGCCAGGCAAGCACAGCCCUGCCUUCCCAGGGCAGGAGAAGCCAGCCCUCCCCACCAGCAAGAGCAGGGCAAGGGCACACCCACACAGGAGGGUUUGGAUCCAUGGUCUGAAAGCAUUUGCACCCCUGCUCUGUCAGCCACGGGAUCAGCGCUGACGUGGGCUGUGGAGGUGGCCCUGCCAUGGGACAGUUCUGUUUCUACAGGACCUGUCCCCACAGCACCAGGAAGCCUGGUCCCACUGCCAGCCAGCAGAGCAGCCCACAGCCUCCUCUCCCACAGCUGGCUCAGUAUGUAAUGCAGCCAGAAGGUUUUAACCUAGUCUUGGAAAUAAAUUAGGGGGUUUUGUUUGAUUUUUUUUAAUAAAAACACUUUAUGGAAA